AUGCCAUCUACAAAACCAACAGACAGCUUCCGGGUCGUUAAAACAGGAAAAACUUUGCAGGCAUUCGCAUCUAACCUCGAAAAAGCCCUAAAGACAUCCCUUCCCGCUUCAGGAAAGCCUUACGACAGAGUCUCUGUGCUCGCCUUCCAUUGGGCCAACGAUGACAUGGGGGUUGACAAGCUAGAAUCCGAGUUUCUGGGCGUGUUCCGCAACAUUUACGAAUUUGAAGCGGAGUCCUGGACGAUUCCCGUGGCUGGUAAACCUGAAAAGCAGCUGGCGAAGAAGCUUGUCAGCUGGACGGAAGACCAUGAGGGGGAGCGUGCUCUACGAAUAUACAUUUACUCUGGCCAUGCUAGUUCUCAUGGUACGGUAGAUCACGAGUGGUACUUCGGCGGGCAAGCAGACAGUCGUGGGAAUCUACGUGGUCCCCAAGUGGAGUGGCUGGCGACACGAUCUCCAAAGAUUGUCGAGGAAGCAGACGGCGAUAUGCUGUACAUUUUCGACUGCUGUUCGGCGGGUUCGGCUGCACUCCGACCAGGCCCUGAGACGCUAUGCGCAUCUGGAUGGCUGCAAUCAGCAGGAGCGUCUCUAAACUUUUCAUUCACCCGAGCCCUGAUUGACACUCUGGUAGACCUAAAGGGAGAAGCUGAAACAGUUGGCGGGAUUUUCUCGAUUCUUUUCCGGCGCGCCUACCAGAGUCAAGUGGCCGCAUGCCCCGUUCAUAUCCUGAAAUCAGGGUCCCCAAGUAUCACUUUGAUGCCGCUCAGCCGGGAGACAGUCAUACAUCAACGGACCAAGACCCAGCAUAGGGUGCUUCUUACCGUCCACCUGAAAGACAACAAGUCGAACCUGGAGGCCUGGCGUGGUUGGCUCUCCACCCAUUUGCCCCCGGAAUUUGUGACGGCCGAUGUGAAGAUUGAAUCGGUAUUCAAGAGCUCGAGCAUUGUGGUGUUGAUAACGGUGCCGGUGGAAAUCUGGACCAUGCUUGACAUGGAGGACGAGACGAUCUCGUUUGCUAGCCAUGUCUUCUCACAUAAUAUCUUGCCCGAGCUCGAGCAGACUCAACUUCCUAUACGGGCGUCGCCUAGUCCCCAGAGCGCAGAGAAUCUGCCACCCGCUCAUCAUUAUCGGAAGUCGCUAGGGUAA